AUGAAGAGACAAUCCAAAGGGACUGUCUUUGACAUCAGCAUCCACGGAGACGAGCUCGAAAACAACCGUAUCCAACUUGAACAUAAUCUCCAGAACACGGAGCUCUCGUUUCGGCUCUCGACGACUAGCGACGACGAGCGCGAGUACGAACACCAACGACGACAAGAUGGACAGCACAGGACUCAGAGAUCCAGUAGGCAGCAUCAACGCAAAAAUCAUAAUAACAGCUCAGUCGAGUACCCGCGACAUAUCUCCGAACCGUCUCUUGCCGACGACUAUCCACCUUUCUGGGGGAACCGCUCUCGGGGGGUGGAUGAUGAGAAUUUCAACGAUGAGCAACAGCACAUGCGCGGCGCGUGGUCGUACCGCUCUGGUGACGACGAAGAAGGUAUAAGCCCGUAUGGCGGGAAUAAUACGGUCUCAACUGCAGCACACCAUGCCAGUGCCAUCACAAUCCACACUGGCCUUGGCGGGGGGCGCGCUGCUCGAAGGGACAGGGAGCCUAGUCUGAGCGGCGCGGAGUAUGAUCCCGACCGACCCCUCCAUGCUAUGAUCGCGGGCGUGAACAGUAAACACAGCAUGUUCGAUAUGGACCCAUCCAAGUCCAAGCAUAACGCUGCAGCAACAAUGACAUAUGACCCUGUCGUCGUUGAUAACACCGCUGAGCUCGACCGCAUCCUUGCCUCAGGCCACGCUCCGGCGGCAGUUCCUCCGACGCCCUCACCACCACCCGUAAUAUCCCGCUCAUUCUCAUUCCACCCAACACCACCCACAUCUUCUGUUUCUUCCGACUCUGAAAACCAGGCUCAGCAUCAACAAAGCUCACGCCUCAAGUUGACAGACCAUCUCCGCCACGUCUCAUUUUCUCCUAAACGGCCACGGAGUGCGCAAUCUCCUGUAUUACGCUCUACUCGCCCUCUAGAAGAAACCCAGCCAAAUACAAAUAACGACAAUAACAACAACGCGUCAAUGAAUAUGCCCACACCGCGCCCCGCACGCCGGACGGCUUCCUCUAAUCACGCUGCAGCUCGCUCACCCGCACAGCCCGAAGUUCGCCUGCAGCCUGCUACGCCCUCCACAGGCGGCUCCAAAUUCACGCGUAUGGCAAGGGGAAUUAACAGAGAGAUUGAGGAGACACAGGCCCAAGAGAUUGAUGCUGCACGUACCGCUGCUGCGGCCUCUAGGGCGUCAUAUACCGCUAAUCCACGACCCGCGUCUGCUCCGCCUGAACGGAACCCUUUCUACGAUAUUGGUGUUGGCUCCGGUGGUCGGACAGGCGCAACAACACGGCGAACGACAGCGCGAGAUGCAGCCAAUCUUACGGCUAAUGCAAGCGGAAAAGUAUACCUUCCCGACGUGACAGGUCUUACUAGCGCCGUUGAAUCGCCCGCAAAACCCGGUGCGCAGUUCAUGCAAUAUAAGGCUGGUGAGAGGCCGCGCGAUAGCGAAGCCCGACUCCUGCAAACCCUCUCCACUGUUCAGACCCAACUCCAGAACCUCGAAGAAGAAAAUAGUAUCUCCCGCCGCAGAGUGCGCGAGCUCGAGAUGGAGCUUGAAGAGUGUAAGCGCCAUGUCGCCCGUGAGCGGACGAGGCUAUUUGAGCGCGAGGAAACCAAUACUGGGUCAAUGUACGUGCGCGAGCGCGCGGGUGGCAGUGGGAAGGUGGAUAAAGGGAAGGGAAAGGCUGUUGGGAACAUGGAAGAUAUUGAUGAGGAGAGGCUGCACGCAAGGUAUAAGGAGGCGGUGGAUGAGAAGAAAGCACUAGAAGCUUUAAUAACCUCUCUGCGUUCACACCUUACGCGCCUCACGUCUGAAUUGGCGUCGCAUCAAUCACUACUUAACGAGCUUCGCGCCCUACGAUCCUCCGACUCGCAAGCUAUCCGCGAGAAAGGUGAUGAAAUUGUGCGACUCCGCGAUGAAGUUCAGCGGCUCGCAGGGGAGGUAGAAGUACUGAGGGGAGUCGUGGAGGAGGGAUUGCGGGAGAGGAGAGCAAGUCGUGAAGAGAUUGCCGUUCAGGAAGUUGGCGUGCAAAGUUUUGUCGGCGAUGUGGGGAUGUCACAGGAUUUGGAGGAGCAAUCUGAGGAAGAGGAAGAGGAAUCUCACUCCGAAGCCGAAGAUGAAGACGAUGAAAGCCGAGAGACAGAGGAAGAUGCGUCAGACGAAGACGAUGACUCCAAUCUUGAGCCCUUUGAUCCUUCAUCUGUACGCCAUUCCUCGCCUGCCCAACGCGCGGCAGACAGAACUAUGCGCACCGACCAUGCGACACUCGGCUCAUCGAUGUACACGCCUAACAAUCAACAUAGAGGCAAUGACAAUGAAGAAGGAAGCCCGCGGUUUGUGGGCGAGGAGGAACUCAACGUGAUUGCUCAGGAGAUGGAGGAGCGGCGCGCGAAUCGGUCUGGUCAGCAGCAUUCUCAUCAGCAAUCUACAAUGACACGCCCCGCGGCACCAACGCCGAACCACGCAAACCAGCGGUAUCGCACCCGUCAAGAUAGCGGGGAGAGGGCGCGUAUCUCUCCCGAGCCAUACGCAAACCAUGCUGUGCAUGCAGACGCAAACGUAGAACUCGACGAGGCGCUAGAAACCCCAUUCCCUCAGAUCCGCGGCGAGCGCCUCGAACGUCUAUUCUUUUCUGCGCCGGAGCAUAACGCAAAAACAUGUACAGUUUGUUAUAGGCGUCGGAAUCGUGAGAGGGCUGGGUCAUUUGGCAGCAAUGAGACGUCGCCUGGACAUUCGUCCUCACAUUCUUGGUCGCGCCCAGCUGCGCGCCGACAAGACCAAGGGUACGAGGAUGAGGGGUACGAGGGUUCCGAGGGUGCCGCACCAGCUCGAGACAGUGGCAGUGGAAAUAAUGGAAAAGGUAAACAACGGGAAUAUGUUGCGUUCUCCGAAGACAUCCGCCAUUGGCAAAGGGUCGGCCAGACAUACGGUGUGCCGCCGCAAACGGUUGUCGCACGGGUUAUUCGGGAGUUGGAGGAUGAUUUUACCCAUUAUAAGAGCAUUUACGUCGAACUUGCCGAUCAGUAUAAAGUGAUGGACGCCGCGUCGGAUGUCAAAAGGCGAAAUUUGCUUGCAAAGCAUUUGCGCGAAGUUGUCGACGUUUUGGAGCAAAAGGGCGACAAAAUAGCGGCUUUGUAUGAUCUGCUCGAGUUCAAGGAUAAACCGGCGAAAAACGCACCUCUGUCCUCGACCUCGCGAGGCAUACCAAGCAAGUCCGCUACAGCUUCGGCAAACUGA